AUGGCUAGGGGGAAGUCCUGGCUAUGGGGACAUUUUCAUCAGGGGACUGCAAAGGUCGAUAAGGUGCGGGCCAAGGAGCUCAAGAAUGCCAAUCAGCUGGCUGUUGCACAUGGAAUAUUGCAGGCCAUCAGAUCUUCCAUGAUUUUGACACAGGAAGUUGUUUCUGCGAUCACAGCAGUAGAAUUGCCCAUCAGCCAAUGGCUGGAUCUCAUUGAAAUUCUCCUUGGUUUUAUCAACAUGUUUGAUGACACCAAUUUGAAGAUCACCACCCUGCAGGCUAUCAGUUACAUCUGUGAAACUAUAGUGCAUUGA